AAGAGAGAGGUUGAAAUGCCACCAAACCCUGAAUGUCUCUCUGAUGAACAGAGGACGGGGAGCAGAAUAGAGAGAGAGAGAGGGAGAAGAAAUUCAGGUCUUGAAGGGAAAGAGAUCAUGGUGAGACACAGCCUGGGUCGACCCACUCGCUCCAUCUAUCUGGGUCUGGCGUGUUUGUCCCUCACUCUCCAUCUCCUCCUGGCAUUUUUUUGUCUCUCUGUCCUCCAGACAGCCUGCGUCCCUCCCACCUCUUCUUCUUCCUCCUCUUUAUCCAUUCCAAGAACUGAAACCCGGCACCAGCAGUCUGUCUCCUACUCCUCCUCCUCUUUUUCAGGUGCCUCCUCCUCACACAAACUGCCAGUGAGCCCUCAGAACGAUGAACAUCACAAACUGAAUGCUAACAAGUUAGACCAUAAAGGGGAAGAUUCAUUCAGCGGGGCCACUGGGAGGGAAAAGAAAUUGAUCGGAGCAGGAAAAGCGAUUCAAAAGGUCAAGGGUCGUUCUAAGCUGGAGGCACUGUUCAAUCACCCGCUGUACAACCUGCCACACCCAGAGCUUCGAGAAGAUGACUGGCUGCUGAGGGUGAAGACAAAUGAAGAUGCAGGGGACGCAGGAAGUGAGGAAGAUGUCAUUGAUGAUGACAGUCAGUGGCAGAGUGCCAGUCAGGAGAAAGGCUACGACAAAGUCACAUGGACCGGCGACGUGGAGACCCAUCCUCCCUGGCUACGGUUUCACUUGGGCAUCUCUCGCUGGGAGUUGUACAACAGGAAGGAUCCCAACCUGGCAAGGCUGACUCAUUAUUUGGCAACGCAACGCAUCCUCGGUGCUGUUCAGAAGACCGGAGGCACCCAGCUCAAACUGCUCAUAUCGUUCCCAAACUACGGACAAGCUCUGCUCAAACCCAUGAAACAGUCCAGAGUUGCAGAGACGGACGUGAACCUCUUCUACUUCUCAGACUUUGAAAGACACAAUGCUGAGAUUGCUGCCUUUCACCUUGACAGAUUGCUGGGCUUUAACAGGAUCCCUCCCGUGGUUGGUCGACUCAUCAAUGUCACCAAAGAGAUCAGAGAGAUUACCACCGACCACAGGCUGUCUAGGACUUUCUUCACUUCCCCUGUGGGGAAUGUGUGUUUCUACGGCCAGUGUGAGUACUACUGUUCCACAGAGCACCCAGUGUGUGGUCAGCCACAUGCCCUGGAGGUUUCCCUGGCUGCCAUGCUGCCUGACCUCACCCUUGCUCCCCGCAGGUCGUGGAGGUCACCAUGGAGACGCUCCUACAGCCUCACCAAGCUGUCAAAGUGGGAGAAGGAGCCGGCUUACUGUGACACAGUCAAAGAGACACCUCCAUACAACCACGGCACCAGACUGGUGGAUCUCAUAGACAUGGCUGUACUGGACUUCCUCAUGAGCAACAUGGACAGACAUCAUUAUGAGACAUUUGAGAAAUUUGGCAAUGAGACUUUUCUGCUGCAUCUGGAUAACGGACGGGCGUUUGGGCGUCACUCUCGGGAUGAGCUGUCUAUUCUGGCUCCCUUGCAACAGUGUUGCAGAAUUCGCCUCUCCACCCUCCUCCGCUUGCGUCUCUUGUCCCUCCCGGGCUUCCGUCUGAGUGACGCCAUGCGGGAGUCGCUGGCUCAGGAUCCUCUGGCAGGCGUGGCCCCCCUCCUGUCCGAACCACACCUCUCUGCUUUGGACCGACGCCUUGCAACCAUCCUGCGGGUGGUGCAGACCUGUCAGGAUCAGCGUAGUGAUGUCAUUUACAACGACUUGGAAGGAUACGAUAAAGAAUAUGACCUGACUGAGGAAAAUAAAAAACAGUAA